GUUGUUUUCAAAUUGGUUUAGUUAGGAAAGGUUUGGUGCAAAAAAAUAGCACUGUAAUGUGAGUUUUUAAAAAUUAUUUCAAAUAAAAAUGUAAUAAAUGUUAAUGAAUCUAACAAUGCCAAUGCUUAAACUCGCAGUUGUACUAACAACAUUUUUCAAAUUUAGAAAAUCACAAAUACGAAAUUGUGAUAUUGAUGCUGUGAAUCAAUAAUUUGCCAUUAUAAAAUGGAAUAUUAACAUAAAACAAACUGUCAACAACUUGUAAAACAAUUGCAACUCCGGACUAAACCAAUUAGUUAGUUGCUCGUCAGCAUCCAACAACUCACACACACCAUGUCGUCGGAUUCCAAGAAACAAGGAUUUUUCUCAAAAUUGUUCAGUUCGUCAAAAGAUAGUUCAGAGAAAAAGAAAUCUCGCUCGUCAUCGUCAUCAUCUUCGCAUCCAUCGAGCCCCUCCACACCAGCCACAAAUGAAUGCUCUUCAUCUUCCUCACGACCACAGUUUCAACAAGCGCCACAGCAGCAGCAACCUCAGCGACAACAUAAGAAGCGCAACUUGAGUCGCAAAAAAACAAAUCGCAAUCAAACGUCGUCAAUGCAACAUCAGCCGAUGAGUAAGGUCGACGUGUCGAAACCUCUGGAAUUCCCAGCCACUCCAGAAACCAUUCUCGCCUACCACAAGAAAAGACCAAUCCUGUCGAAGAACGAGGAAUGGCUCAUCGUGGAGCUGAACGAAUUCGAAUGUUUGGUGGAGAGCAUGGACAUUGUGCGGACCAUCGCUGAACAUUCAAAGUUCUUCGAAGUGGAACCGGAUGAUCUAUGGCAGGAAUUCUUUGAAUUUGUGGAGGAUCUGUCUAGUUACGAUGACAUCAUCAAUUUCGAUGUCUGGCAGGAAUUCAGGGAUCAAAAAUAUCCGUGUUGAUUCGUGGAGCGUGUUGAACAUUAAGUCAAUUAUAUUGCUAACAUUUUACGCUACUAACAAUCCUAUCAAACUAGCAUUGUUAGAGUAAUAUUUUAAAAAAUUUUAUUGAACUUCAUCUUGGUUCAAGAAGUUGCGGCAUAAAUGUAAAUGAUUCACAUAAAUUGUAAUAGAAUUACAAAUAUACUUAUA